AUGCUAUUACUUUUCGUAGUUAUUCUUUCUGUUGCUUUUGGUAAAUUAAUAGAUUUUGUCCUUCCAGAAAAAGAAGGAAAGACUCAAAUGUUUCAAAUUCAUUAUAACGAAAUUACAACAAUGAGAUAUAGUCUGUUUUUAUAUUAUAAAAAUAGUGGACUUAGUUAUAAUAAUACAUUAAAACAAUACCGAAUGGAUACCUAUCUUGGAGAUAAAGUAAAUAGUUCUACUAUUUUCACUAUUAAUGAUGAAAAAAAUUUUAGACCACAAGCAUUUUGUAACAGAGAUAUAAUUAUGGUAUUAAAUGAAGGAACAUUUAAUUCAAUAGAACCUCAAAUGGGAUCAAUUUAUAAAAUAACUCCAAAUUUUUCUGAUGUUAAUAACAAUUAUCUUGGUGUAUAUAGUGGAAGUGCCUUUGGAGAAAAAGCACAAGAAAAUAAAACUGAAUGUGGAGAAUAUAUUGCUGCAGGUGAUAAAUAUGUUUUUGUAAAAAAAGGAAAAUCAAUUAGUUUAAUUGAAUUAGAUCAAUAUGGUAGAGCAGGGAAAAUCAAAGAUAUUAAAUUUUCUAGUAAUUUAACACAAUCAGAAACAUUUGAAUAUGAUCCAAUUAUAGCUAAUCAACAUAACACAUUAUAUGUUCAAGUAUCUGACCAAAAUUUAAUGGUUGUUUUUGAUAAAAAUACUGAUUAUGAAAAAGAAGCAACUAUUUCUUUACCUUUUUAUGGAUUAAAUAAAACUACUAUCUAUAACCCAAGAAAUGCCAAUAACCUUGCAGUUUAUGGAAGUAUGAUUAUUGUUGGUGUUUGGACAAGUGGAAAUGGAAAAGGUUCAGUUUAUAUUUAUUUCGAUAAUCUACUUUCAGGGUAUUCUCCAAGAUUUGAACUUCUUGAAUCUUAUGAAGGUAAUGCUGUUGGUGAUUUUAUUGGAUUUUCAGUUGGACUAAAUCAUAAAAGGUUUUAUGUUGGUGGUGUUAUUUCUUUUAAUUCACAAACAAAUGAACCAGAUUGGUUGGAAGUAAUAAAAAAUUCAAAAAAAAUAGCAGAGUCAUGUGAUGAUAGAACAUGUGAAUGUAUUCAUGAUUAUUACUAUGAUUCAACAAAUAAAGUUUGUGUAAAAAAAUUCUUUAAAUCUAAAGCAGGAAUUAUUCUUGGAUGUGUUAUUGGUGUUGUUUUAUUACUUAUUAUUAUUACUAUUAUUGUUAUAUUUUGUAUUUGGUUCUUUAAAAAACCAGUUGAAGAUAAACCACAAACAUAUAGAUUAGAUGGAAGUGAAGUUGAUUUUACUUUUAAUGAAAAUUUCCCAUUUAAAUUUGGAAGUGAAGAAUUACGUUUUGGUUCAGAAAAAGCACCAGUUGAAAUUAAUAAACCACUUCAAGAAAAAAUAGUUAUUACUAAUCCUUCAAAAAAAUCAUUAAAAUAUAAAGUUGAAGCACCAGAAACACAUAGAAUGAAAGUAACAGUUUAUCAUGGAGAAGGUGAAUUAGAAAAAGGAUUUGGAGUUACAUUAACAGUUGAAGUUAUUGUGUUAUGUACUUGUAGAACUGAUGAAUAUUUAACUGUUUCUGCUAUUGAUUCUAAAGGUGAAACAUUAUAUGCACGUAUUCCAAUUAAUAUAGAAAGUGUUGUCUCUCCAUAUAUUGAUUACACUGAAGUACAAUGUGAUGUAUUAAUUGGAGAAGGGGCAUUUGGUGGAGUAUUUAAAGGAGUUUAUAGAGGACAAACUGUUGCAAUUAAAGAAAGUAAAACUACAUUAACAGAAAAAGAUAAAGAACAAUUUGAACAAGAAGUUAGUACUUAUUCAACAAUAAGAAAUGAGUAUAUUGUUCAAUUUAUUGGAUCAUCAAAUGUACCAGGUCAUACAAUGAUGGUUAUGGAAUAUGCACCAUUUGGAAGUGUUAAAAAGGCAUACUUAAAAGAUGAAUUCACACAAUUACUUGCAAUUAAAGUACUUAGUGAUUGUGCUAAAGGAAUGAGAUUUUUACAUGCAAAUAGUAUUAUUCAUAGAGAUUUAAAACCAGACAAUUUAUUACUUUUCUCUUACUCACCAAAAGUUCAAUUUGCUGCUAAAAUAUCUGAUUUUGGAACUUCAAAAAAUAUUUUAUCCAUUAAACAAAGUGCUUCAAUGACAAAAGCAGUUGGUACUCCUGCUUAUAUGGCACCUGAAAUGAUUAGUGGAAGUGAUUAUGGAACUCCUGUAGAUGUUUUUUCAUUUGCUGUUGUUGCAUUUGAAUUACUCAGUAAAUCAAUGCCAUAUUCUAAUCAAGAUUUAUUCCAACACAAUUGGGAUAUUGCUGAUUUCAUUAAUUCAGGUAAACGACUUGCAAUUCCAAGUUCUGUCCCAAAAGAAAUGGCUGAUCUUAUUACUAAUUGUUGGAGUCAGGAUCCUAGUGUUCGUUGGACUUUCCAACAGAUUGAUGAAUUCUUAGACGAAUAUUUCAAAGAACAAUUCGCUCGUAGAAAGAGUGUAAAAGGUGUAUCAUCAAAUCUUGAAGAUGAUAUUAAUUAUGAACAAUCUACUAAUACAGAAGACGGAAUUUUGAAAGAUACAGUGGAAGAAAAUCCAAUGACUUCAACAAAUAUUAUUUCAUUACUCGACCAAGAUAUCUUUUAA